AUGGCCGUCUCGGAUAAAGAGGUGACUGUGUUUUUCACGUACUCCCAAUAUCCCAGCACUCAGCAUAAAAGUGAAAAAGAGAGAGCGGAGCACAGAGGCCAUGUCCAGCAGUUGUCGGAAAAGCUAUGCGAGUAUGGCCUAUCUACAGUGCUUGAUCAAUACGUGGAGGACGAACCUCCCAGUAACUGGGCCCAGUGGUUCGAGGACAAUAUUGAAAAGUGCGACUGGGUCCUCAUGGUAUUUUCGGAGGCAUACUCUGCGUGGAUUAAACGUGGAGGGACGACUAACGAGGAUGACAGCACUUCGGGAUUUAAAGCCAAAGUCAUCUAUAGUCUACUGACGGACGACCAACAAGCAGACAAGUUCAUUCCCGUGUUUCUUGAUGGGGUGAACACGAAGUGGUUGCCAUCUUGCCUAAAAGGGUCUCAACACUACAGCAUCAACCUUGCUCAUGAUGGUGAAAUGAUAAAUGAGCCGGGUUUUCAGGCUCUCUAUGCAAGGCUGUCCAAACAGAAUCGGAACCCUGCGCCUCCACUGGGCAAACGUGUAGAAUUUCAAGCUGGAAAGACAUCGACAGGCGUGAAAUUACAAGAGGAGAAGGCGAGAGACUGUAAUGGCGCUGGUGGCAUGACUCAUAAACAGCCUUUGAGUACAGAAAAGCAACCGAAGCAUUCAGUUCUUGCCAUAUGUGACGAAUGGUUUUCUAGCAAAGGGGGCGUGUCCACAUUUAAUCGCACCCUUUGCGCUUCUUUGGCCAAAGAAGACACCGUUGAAAAGGUAGCAGUUUUGAUCACUGACUACGAAAAUCUACGUGCGAAGGAAAAAGAACAUGCCCGUAAAUUGAACGUGGACCUGAUCAGUGCCAAGGAAGACAACAAAAUUUUGUCUGAAGUAAGGCCCACUAUUGUGUUGUGUCAUCAGGGGGUACCUGACACUGGUGAAUUACUAUUUCUGCGGUCACUGCUCGAUAAAAACAAAAUUCGCUACAAGACCGCUCACAUAUUGCAUGCGCAUCCACAGAGUCUGGAAAGAGAGAAGAACCCUGCAGGGGCAGCGAACAAAGCCGAUAACAAAGAACUUGAACAAUUACGUUUAGCGAAGCAGGCUGACGUUGUUGCUGCUGUAGGCCCAUUGCUGCAAGAUCUGUGGCAAGGGCGAAUAGGACGAGAAGUCGAAGUUGUGUGCUUGGACCCCAGCCUAUCUGAGGAAGAGACUGACAGCUAUAGCACGAGACCCAAUCUUGCUGCCACGAGGCGUUGCCUGUUUAUGUCACGGCUUGACACACCCGAAGCCAUGCAGUCCAAGGGCCUCUACAUCGCUCUUGAAGCAAUGAAAUUGUAUGGAAAAGAUUUGGAAAGAGUUCCUGAUGGUCACGAUGCACGGUUUGUAAUCCGCGGAUUUAAAGACGGUGACGAGGCAGACGCAUUUGUGAGUAAACAUGAGAAGUCACUGGGUAAAAAGGUGAUGAUUGAUGCAAAGCCAUUCAUUAAAAACAUGACGGUUAUACGAGACGAGUUUAAAGGUGCCGAUGUAUUCUUGAUGCCAUCGAAACACGAAGGGUUUGGUCUCGUCGCCUUAGAGUCCUUAUCUGUCGGAACACCAGUUAUUGUGUCCGAAAACAGCGGUUUUGCCAGGGUCUUGAAGUCAGGGAGAUUCGAAGACGAGAAAGAAAGCCUAGACUGGUGGAUUGUGAGUACGGACAACGACAUAUCCAGCUGUGCAUUGCAACUAUUCCAGUCAAUUAAGCAUAUGCUUGAGGAAAGAAGGGAAGAAUCCCUUUCAACCGCUCUCAGAGUUCGCGACGCUUGGUGUAGCGAGUUCCCAUCGAACGCUGCAGCUAAAGCUCUAUUGUCUGCAAUCUCUCGGCGACAAUCAUGAGCUCGGACAAUUGCACUGAAUUCGGCGAGGACAGGCUGUUUUGUUCCUUUUCUGGAAACUGGAUGUCCUUCUUCCACAGGUGUCGACGCAUAGCAUGGAAUUUUUAGAAUAGUCGUGAGUGUUGGUUACUGUCUCUGCAUGUUUGUCGCAAAAUGCUCUCGUUUAUAUGUUGCCUUUAUGGAAAGGUGUUGACGCUGUUUCGUUUGCUUUUGUAUUUCGUGACUUUUUUAAGUCAAACGGUAAGAUUCUUAGUUUAUUGGAUUUUUG